AACAUGAUGUGGGUAUUGGAAGCGGCGGGAGUGAAGGGCCGGCCAAGACGCUAGGUGGGAACGAGCUAGCGUCCGCUCCUACCGCUACUUUACUGCUCUCAUGGCGUCUCUUUGGUCGUAACUUCAAGCCACACCAGAGGAUUACGCCGAACAUCAUGCUACCACCAAUCGAUCCCGCGGUGCUGCAGCGUAAUCCCAAUUUUGAGAUUUUGUACAAGGAUCUUUGCACGAGGAAGCUCAAUCCUAAUAGCUCGACGAGAGACACAAAGAAGCAGCGUGUGCAUGAUGAGAUACGCAGAACUCUAACCACCGCGCUCACAACCCUCCACACGACGCAGAUUCUCACCACAUCUCUCUCAACCCUGCCAUCGAAAGCCGCAGACCUCCCACCAGACUUGCACGCUGUCACAGAAACAGUCACCGCCCAACUAAACGGCCAAGUUCCCUCGUCGGACCUGGAAAUCCUUUCCGGCGACAUCGAGUUCUUCCACUCAAAUAUCGCACCCAUCGCCUCAGCUUUAUCAACCCAGUUCACCAAUAUAGCCGACUACCUCUGCCGUAUCGCGUCUCCAAUCUCUCCCCCACCCAUCCCAUCCCUCCAUAGCACAUCUCUGACCCUCCAAUCCUCCGCUGUGGAUACCCUGCCUAGUGAAUUGCAAGCCGCACACACCCAUCUGACAACCACCCUAACUACCCUUCUCUCCACACACUCAUCUGUCCUCAGCACCAGCAUCAAAAUCCUCGAGCAAACCCAGCAAGGCGCUCUAUCCCGGCACACCAAAUCGUCUGCCGAGCUCCUGCAGACAAAAGCCAUCUUACUCGGUCUACAAGCUAAAACGCACUCGUUGCUGCACCCCCCGCCUGCGGAGUUUGUCGAUGCAUUGAAGGAGUUCAGGAAAGGCCUGGGAGGUGGAAAGAGAGCGCUUUGGGACCGCGAGGCGUUAGCUCGACGAGAGUUGGAAUUGUAUGGGAAGGCGGGUGAGAAGGGGAUGAGGGAUUUGGCGAAGAGGAAGGAGGGGUUACUUAAAGAGCUUGAGAGGGUGGAGGCGGAGAUAUGGAAGUUGGAGAAGGGGGCGUGAUGGGAUGGUGUUUUAAUGACGAGGGGGGGUGUCAGCUUCACGGGACUUGGUUUUGUUGUGGACUUGUUUGAUUGAACACUGUAUUCAACGUUCGUCCUCGAUCAAGUUGUAUAUCAAAACGUACCAGAACAGCAGACGCCAUCAAUGCUUCAACUUAAACUCCAUGCUCAACGCCAGCGAUACCAGAAAAACGCACGUGAAAUGUGCUUGAAA